GGUGUGGGUGCCGGUGUUGCGGGAGCUAGAACUCUCAAUAAUGAAGUGCUGCCACGGCGUGCGAAAGUGCGCGAGCUAACUUUAGUGCUGUAAAUAAAAAAAAAAACAACCUCGCAAUAGAUAGCUGCCAGACAGUGCAUCUGUAAAGAAACCACCAAUUAUUUACUCGAUGAACUUAGUGCACUUAAAGCUUUUUUUUCGAGUAGUUUGUGAGUCUUCUUAGAGUUUGUUGUGGUCACUUCGGCUUCUUGGUUCGUCUGCUGAUCCAAGCAACGGAUGAAUAUCUGCAGCGCGAGCCUUUGCACGAAUAGUCUACAAAGUGAAGGCGCGUGGGGACUGUUUUCUGGACUUUUCCCGGAUCAUCUGUUUAAGAAAUAUUGGUACACGGAAAUGGCUCUAAAUUGAAUGUGGAAAAGAACUGGGAAAUCUUCGGUGGUACAAAAAUACUUUUAUACCAAGGUCCUUACUGGUUUGAGGCUGAGGAACGGUCAGGACUACAGGACAAAUGGAGAACACACAAGACAUGAGUGACCAGACGCUGGCAAGCAGACAGGAAACGCUGCAUCAGGUGAAGAAGCCCCACUGUGACCCGCAAGUUCCAGAACCUUCAGAUAGCAGGUCUAUGGAAAUGCAGGACCUUGCCAGUCCUCAGAAUCGCGUUGCCACGGACGACACCUCCAGCAGCAAACUGGACAAAAGCAGCCUGAGCAACAACAUCUCAGCCAACGGUACCGGAGGUGAGAACAUGACCAUUCUAAACACAGCCGAUUGGUUGUUGGGCUGCAGCUCCUCCCCCACACCACCAAGUACAAAGGACUAUGUUAAGACUGAGCCUCUAAACAACAGUGAUACUGUCACCACUACAGGAGACACAGGGCUGGACACCUACGCUGGUUCAGUUAUAACCAGCAGCGGAUACAGUCCACGCUCAACACACCAGUACUCUCCUCCACUAUACCCCUCAAAGCCAUAUCCCCAUAUUCUGUCCACUCCUGCGGCUCCAUCCAUGUCUGCAUAUGCUGGCCAAUCACAGUUUGGCAGCAUGCAGCAGUCAACCGUGUACACUGCCUACUCACAAAGCACACAGCCCUAUGGCCUGUCAACAUACGAUUUAGGGGUGAUGCUCCCAGGCAUAAAAACAGAGGGAGGUCUGACACAAUCCCAGUCCACGCUGCAGUCCAGCCUGAGCUACAGUCCUGGCUUCACCACGCCCCAGCCCGGACAGACAGCCUACUCGCCCUAUCAGAUGCCUGGGUCCAGUUUCACUCCAUCCUCUGGGCUCUAUGCCUCCAAUAACUCAGUGUCCAACCCAGCCAACUUCAAUACGCAACAGGAGUAUCCGUCCUACACAACGUUUGGCCAGAACCAAUAUGCGCAGUAUUACUCCGCCUCCUCGUACGGCUCCUACAUGACGCCCAACAGCUCAUUGGAUGGCACCGGCUCCUCCUCCACCUAUCAGCUGCAAGAUCCCGCCCCUGUUAUGACGGGACAGGCUGCUGAGCUCCACCCAGGGGACUUUGACACAGUGCAGAGGCCGGCCACGCCCAUCAAGGAGCUGGACGAUCGGGGGCGGGCAACAGGGGGCAAAGCCAGGGGCAGGGGCAGGAAGAACAACCCCUCACCCCCACCUGACAGCGACCUGGAGCGAGUGUUCGUGUGGGAUUUGGAUGAGACCAUCAUUGUGUUCCACUCUCUCCUCACGGGAUCUUACGCACAGAAGUACGGCAAGGAUCCUCCACUGGCUGUAACGCUGGGUUUGCGGAUGGAGGAGAUGAUCUUCAAUCUCGCAGACACUCAUCUAUUCUUCAACGAUCUGGAGGAAUGUGACCAGGUCCACAUUGAUGACGUGUCGUCAGAUGAUAAUGGUCAAGACCUCAGUACUUACAGUUUUGCAACUGAUGGCUUCCAUGCAGCUGCGACCAGCGCAAGCCUCUGCCUAGCAACGGGCGUUAGGGGCGGAGUCGACUGGAUGAGGAAGCUGGCUUUCCGUUACCGGCGAGUAAAGGAGUUGUAUACCACAUACAAAAACAAUGUCGGCGGUCUGCUGGGGCCGGCUAAGCGGGACGCAUGGUUGCAGCUGAGGGCAGAAGUGGAGGCUCUCACAGAUUCCUGGCUCACCAACGCACUCAAGUCCUUAUCAAUCAUUAGCUCAAGGAGUAACUGUGUAAAUGUAAUGGUAACCACGACCCAGCUGAUCCCAGCCCUGGCUAAGGUGCUGCUGUACAGUCUAGGAUCCGUCUUCCCCAUUGAGAAUAUUUACAGCGCCACCAAAAUAGCACAACAUGCCGUUCUGGAGGAUAUCGAGCCACUCGGACCUGCUGGCCCUACAUCAAGCACUGGAAUACGAAUACCUGUAAAGGGGGGAAAAGAACUAAACUGCAGAACUGUACCUACCACUUUUUUUUUUCUUGUUUUUUUUUUUUCUUUCUUUCUUCUUUUUUUGUACAUCUAUUUAAGGAGCUACAUUACACUGCUAAUUUUUGUUUGUUUCAUUUUGUCUUUUAUAAAAGAAAAAAAAUGUUGCUUAAUAAAUAAAUAAAUAAAUAAAUAACUGAACUGUCUUAAGAAGACGAGGACGGCGAGCGAGAAUGCUGGUUUUAUUUGUGAAACUAUACAAGGUCUUACUGUAAGCCGCAAAAAAAGUUUUCAUUUUGUUGUUUUUCCUCUUCUUAGCUAAUGUGAGGUGGGACAGUGGAGAAACUAUGAGUUUCACAAACAAAAACAAAAAUGAAAAGAGAUUCUCCCUCCCCUAGUGGAGGACCUAAACCUUAACGCAAAAGACUUAAACUGUAACCAUAACAACCCUCCUCCCCAUUCUUCUUGCUUCCAUAGCAACAACCUGCACUCUGAGUGUCUAUCUAGUGUACACCCCAUACCCCAUGUAAAUUAUUUUACAGUUAAUAGUUUAAACACGGACAUAUUUGUUGUUUGAUAUUGGAAAGGGUUUUGUUGUCUCUUUGUUUUUGUAAGUUUUUGGCAAAGAAGAAUGUGCAUAAUGAUUUGUUGUGCCUUAUAUAAAAAAGAUGUGUUUGUGUGUUUCAAUGUAAUUUUUGUUUAUUUUAAAUAUGUAUGUAGAUAAAUUACAAACGUUAAAAAAAUCA